AUGGCAACACCUGCACCAAGUAAAAGAAUUAAAACCUUAUCAGUAUCAAGACCAAUCGUUUAUGGAAAUACUGCUACAAAGCUCGGCGAUAACAGGCCUCCAAAUGCCCCGGUAGAGCACACCCACAUGUGGACAAUAUUUGUUCGAGGUCCUCAAGGGGAAGACCUUUCAUAUUUCAUUAAAAGAGUAGUAUUUAAGCUACAUGACACAUACCCUAAUCCUACAAGAACUGUGGAGGCGCCUCCCUUCGAGUUGACAGAGACGGGAUGGGGAGAGUUUGAGAUUAACAUCAAGAUCCAUUUUAUCGAUGACGCAAACGAAAAAAUGCUGAAUUUCUACCACCAUCUACGCCUUCAUCCCUAUUAUGAUACCAACAGGCAACUUAUUAAAAGCGAAACUAAUCAAGUCGAAACUGAGAAAGCAGUGAACUCGGAAGUUCAAUCAAUUUUUUUUGAUGAGAUUGUCUUCAAUGAACCCAAUGAACAGUUCUUCAAGAUACUGAUGAGUACGCCUGGAUAUCUUCUACCCUCCAACAAAACGAAGGAACACAUUUUUUCAAAGCAGUUGGAACAGGAAGAGAUUGAUCGCAUCAACAUGGGAAUCGAUAAAGUAGAUCAAGAAAUUGAAAAGCUCAAACAGAAGCUCUCUGAACAGAUUAAACCCGAACCUUGA